UUGCUUUCCCAUUUUAUUUUAUUUUUCCCCCAUAAACCCAUCCAGUCAAAUCCACAUCCUACUGUACAUGUGCGUGAUGGGUUUGACAUGUGGCUGCUGCCCCGCCUCUCUUUCCUCUCUCAGUAUCAUCUGUGCACUUGAUGGUCUUGCGCAUCUCGCAGACACAACAGCCUCCAACUGCUUUUGCUGUCAGAUUCAUUUUCUUUCCAUUUUCUUCUCUGUUUUUAUUUAUUUUUAUUUUUUUUAUGGAAUGAAACUGCACAGCGUAGCUCCAGUGUUCCUCGGAUGGAAAUAAUUUGUUUCAGCAACAUGAAACGAUGGAGAAUCCAAACUGCAUACCUCUUGCUUCUGAGUGUCAGUAUUUUGCCAACCUGUUGGUGUGCUCAUGGGAAGUAUGCUCAGAAGCUCCUGAAUGAUUUAUUCACCAACUACACCAGUGCACUGAGGCCUGUGGAGGACACAGACAACAUACUGAAUGUGACCCUGCAGGUUACACUGUCACAAAUUAUCGAUAUGGAUGAGCGAAAUCAAAUUUUGACUGCAUAUUUAUGGAUACGGCAAGUGUGGGUAGAUGCAUACCUCAAAUGGAAUAAAGAUGAUUACGAUGGACUCGAUACCAUCCGCAUACCUAGUAGUUAUGUAUGGAGACCUGAUAUCGUCCUAUAUAACAAUGCUGAUGACCAUUUCACUGGUCCCAUGGACACCAACGUGGUGAUCCGUCAUGAUGGCCUGAUAAUGUGGGAUUCUCCAGCUAUCACUAAGAGCUCCUGCAAAGUGGAUGUGUCUUACUUCCCCUUCGAUGCUCAGCAGUGCAGGUUCACAUACGGCUCUUGGACCUACAAUGGUAACCAGCUGGACAUCCUGAAUGCCCUGGAGAGUGCCGACCUGGCUGACCUGGUGGAAAAUGUGGAGUGGGAGGUGCUGGGUAUGCCGGCUAAGAAGAACGUUAUUCUGUACGGCUGCUGUGCUGAUCCUUACCCCGAUGUGACCUACACACUGAAACUGAAGAGGAAAGCGUCUUUCUAUGUCUUCAACUUGCUCAUACCGUGUGUGAUGAUCUCUUUCUUGGCUCCGCUGGGCUUCUACCUGCCUGCUGACUCUGGAGAGAAGGUGUCUUUGGGUGUCACCGUGAUGCUGGCGCUCACUGUCUUUCAGCUGUUGGUUGCAGAGAUCAUGCCGCCCUCUGAGAAUGUGCCACUUAUUGGAAAGUAUUACAUUGCCACAAUGACCAUGAUCACAGCCUCCACUGCCCUCACCAUCUUCAUCAUGAACAUACACCACUGUGGCCCGGAUGCCAAGCCUGUUCCCAAGUGGGCCAAGAAAGUCAUCCUGCAGUAUAUGGCCAGAAUGUGUUUUGUUUAUGAAGUUGGUGAGAAUUGCAUGUCACCACCUCCAGAGAAACAAGAGCAUCCGCUUGUAAAGAACAACAACUGCAACAUGAACGGUCAGGCAGGACCAUGCAGAGAGGAAUGUGUCCUCAAAUUUGAGAACGGACAAGAGACAGCGGGCUCCACGAUUGCAGAGGAGAGAGAAGACACGGAUCAGAUGAUGAGUCCGAUAGGCUCAAUGGGCAAGAACCCUACCAGCCACUACAGCACCUGGAAGAAUGGCGUGUUCAUGAGCAUGGACUGUGGAGACUCUGUGGAUCAGAGGAGAUGCAGGAAGGGAGGUGUGAGCGAGGCAGAGAGGAAAGACAGGGAGGUUUCCUGCAUCACCCACAGCAAUGAGAGGCAGCUACUGCGUAACAUUGAGUACAUAGCCAACUGUUACAGAGACCAGAGGGCCACACAGAAAAGGACUGGGGAGUGGAAGAAAGUAGCCAAAGUUUUAGAUCGCUUCUUCAUGUGGAUAUUUUUCAUAAUGGUGUUUUUCAUGAGCCUUCUUAUCAUGGGGAAAGCCAUAUAACUGCCAGCCUGAGAAUUUGGUCUGAAUGACACUGUUAAUAGGUUUUACUAAAUAUCCUAUUUUAUCCAAUAAAUUCAUAAAAACACUCAGAUUGUAUUUUAUCCAAACCUCUAAUUGUCCAUGUUGGAGGCCAUGUUUCCACCCUUUUGGAGCCCUG